AUGUUAGUUGACAAAGACAACGUAAUAGACAAAGAUUUCCAAAUGAUGCUAAAACCUUUGAAUAUUUUGGAAUUAAUCUACUUUCAACCAAAAUUCCGUAUUACAGAAACAUUGAUCAGUCCAAACAGUAUGCGAGAGAAUUCGAUUUGGUCAUUAGGUGUUUUUCUAAUGAUCUUUGCAAAUGUGGGAUAUGUAUUUAUGAAUAGUUUCGUCCCUGGCGAUGGUCAAAUAACUGAUAUUGUAAAUAUAUUUUUCUUUGCCGAUGCAGUGUUCUACACUGUCUAUAGUCUAUUGAUGUUCGCCACUAAUAUAAUAUUUAAAGGCAAAAAUGUGCAACUGAUUAUUAAAAUGCAGAAAGCUUACAGAGUACUCGGUAAUGAAAAAGGGUUGAAAAUUUUUCAAAUGAGUAACUUGAUCUUUGUUGCUGGUGUUUUUAUAGUAUAUUUCUCAUACAAUUUAUGCUAUACAAUCUUGGACAUAUAUCGAGUAUCACAUUUAAUGUAUGAUAUGGCUUUGUUAUAUUUCGACGUAAAUGUUAUUGUCGCUAUACGGGUUGUAAAAUUUUUGGAAUAUGAGUUACUACUUUGGAAAAAAAAAUUGAAUGAUUUUCUGAAAACUUGUUCUACGACAAAUCACAAACAGCUUGUUAAAUACUUAAAGGAUGUCAGUUAUGAAGAAAAACAACUUUUGAACGCUUAUUCAAAUAUCAUUGGAGCUUUUAAACUGUGCCACAAUGUUUUUGGAAUGUCUGAUUUGAAGAAAAGGCUCGACACCACCAGGGAUCCUAGGGCUGGUUCAUUCCUGGGGCAGAGGAUUGGCAUUGCCAUCCAGCGGGGAAAUGUGGCCAGCAUUAUGGGCCACCUCUAUAACCAGCCUCUUGGUAACCUUCAUAUGGAUAUUGAAGUCGUAUCAGCCCACCGUCUCUCCAAGAACGUGCAACGUUUCGGCGCAUGCGUGGGAGCGAGACGGAUGAUGCGCCCUUUCAACCUGGUGUCCGUCGGCGCGGCGACACCGCUUCACAUGCUGACCGUACUCGUUACAUAUACUGUCGUGCUACUGCAGUUCGCAUUUCUGUAG